AUCGAGCGGGGGGAAAAAUUCCUCCAUGGUCGGCGAAUCGACCUCGGAUAAUCAAAAUGGAAACGAAGGGCCGAACCCUUCUACAUCUCCGACAGAAUCGAACGAAAAGAAACCCGCGUCCUUGGAUGAUGCAGAGAAAGGGAAGGUAAAACUAGCAUUGGAAGAUAAAACGGAAGAACAGACAGAUGACGAUGAGGAAGAAGAAUUACUGUUCCCGGGAUUUAUGGCCAAAACGUUCUUUUUUAUGAAACAAUCUCAUCCAGUCCGAUUACAAUUCCUUCGAUUGAUAACAUGGUCAUGGUUUGAACGAGCGAGUAUGAUGGUCAUCUUAUUAAACUGUAUAACCCUGGGAAUGUAUCAACCAUGUAAUGACCAGGUCUGCUCCACCAACAGAUGUCGUGUUCUCGAAGCCUUCGACCAUUUCAUAUUUGCUUUUUUUGCCGUUGAGAUGGUGAUCAAAAUGAUGGCGAUGGGUAUAUUUGGAAAGGACGCUUAUCUCGGAGAUUCCUGGAAUAAAUUAGAUUGUUUUAUAGUGAUAGCAGGAAUUGCGGAAUACAUACUAUACAAAGCAGUCGAAUAUGGAAUUGAUACAGAAAAUCUUAGCAUAUCAGCCAUUCGAACUAUCAGAGUUUUGCGACCUCUCAGAGCCAUUAAUCGAAUUCCAAGUAUGCGUAUAUUAGUUAUGUUAUUAUUAGAUACACUACCUAUGUUAGGAAACGUGCUUCUUCUGUGUUUUUUUGUGUUUUUUAUAUUUGGGAUAAUUGGAGUACAGUUAUGGGCUGGUGUAUUACGGAACAGGUGCUUUAUAGAUAUCAGUGAUAAUAUAUCUUAUAUGGGUGAAUUACCGACAUACUUCCAGCCAAUUAAAGGGGAUUAUAUUUGUAGUAAAGACAGUGAAUCAGGAAUACGAACUUGUAAAGAUUUACCGUUAUUUAUUUAUGAGGGAAGAAUGUGUAAUGAUACCGCUCAACCAUUUAGUAAUAAUACGCCAACUCCCUAUUCUUGUGUGAAUUGGAACCAAUAUUAUACAAAGUGUGAUGCUGGGGAUCGGAAUCCCUUCCUUGGUGCGAUUUCUUUUGAUAAUAUAGGAUUUGCGUGGGUAGCCAUUUUUCAAGUAAUCAGUUUAGAAAGUUGGGUAAAUAUAAUGUAUUAUGUACAAGAUGCUCAUUCUUUCUGGGAUUGGGCGUAUUUUGUAGCACUUAUAGUCAUCGGCUCAUUUUUUAUGAUAAAUCUGUGUUUAGUUGUUAUAGCAACACAGUUUUCUGAAACAAAAAAACGAGAAACGGAGAGAAUGUUACAAGAGAGGAAAAGAUAUCAGUCGACCAGUACGAUCGCCAGUAAUUCAGAACCAGGCGGGUGUUACACAGAAAUUUUAAAACUUCUUGUUCAUAUAUUCAGGAAAGCAAAACGCAAAUUCUUGAGUCGAUAUUGCCAAAGUCAAGCCAAAAGACAGCGAAAAAUCAAUCCAGAAAAAGCGAUAUCCCUGCGUCGUAAGCGCCAUCGCAAAAAAGGUAUACCAACAGUUUAUCUCAAUCAACAUACAAAUUAUCACCAUCAUCAUUUAAACAUAGUGACGCCAGAUCUAUGUAUUCACCGCGCUGACGGAAGUCCCAUGGCACCACGAGCCAGCCCAGAAGUCUCAGAUGUUGAUCCUCUCUCAUCACCAAGACGACCUAAUUUCUUGAUGCUGCCUAGCAACAACAAUAGCUUAAACCCUUCCUCAGAAUCUUUGAACACGUGUGGAGGCGGGGGACUUGAUGUAAUGACUCCGACAUUCUACAAAUCACGACAACACUCGCCCAAUCACCUUUCUCCUCACAUGGGGUUAAGUCGCACUCCUUCGAUUAACAGUCGAACCAGCGUUAAGAAUUUAGUUUCGUUGCCGGAAGUUUUAGCUGCACAAGGUGCUAAGAAUGCUGCACUGGCUGCCUCUAAUUUAUUACUGAAUGCCGAUACACAGCCCUCAAAACUGCAAUCCCUAGCUGAUAAAGGUUUGUUUGCAGAUACGCUAUUGGUCGAUCAUAUUGUGGCGGAAAAUAAACGGGUUUCCAUGACGCAUCAGUUGUCCCGCACUCACAGCGAUUGCGAGACCACUAAUAGUCAUUCGGAAUGUGAAUAUACUGAUAGUGAUAAAGAUUACGAUUCCGAUUCCGACUAUGACUGGAAAGAGGAGAAAAAGAAGAAAAAACAUUGUCUUUGUGGUAAUGGUAAUUAUUUUCUUCUCCCUGUUUAGUUUCCGUUGUUUCUAACAUGGGAGUUUUUGUUCUCUUCGUGGGUAAAUUUUUAUUUUAUCUUUUUCUUGUUUUUUUUAAAAAGAAAUUUGUUUCAAAGUAAAAAUAUAAAGAAGUUAUUGUGGAUGUAAAAAAAAAAAAAAAAAAAAUUAGGAAAAGAGAAUGUCUUAAUUACAAAUCACCAAAGUAACUUUUAAUUUUAUGAAAGGGUUUUUGAAUAACUUUCUAGCUUUUAAUUGGUAAUGCUCAUGAAUUUGCUGGGAGGUAGAAUUCAGGGAAUG